UCCUUUCCCCCCCCCGCCAAACCCCUUUUCCUUCCUCUCUUCUGCCCGCCCAUCGCUGACAUCCUCCUCCCGUCGUCGUUGUCGGCGUGCACCCCCUUCCCCCCCCCGCCGCCCGGGCUGCGCGGCCCUCGCCGCCUCUGCGAGCGCUGCGCACAUCGCCCGAGCCUGCAGCACCGAGCGAAUGUAUGAAAACAUGUCCACAAUGGUGUAUUUAAAGGAAGAGAAGUUGGAGAAGCUCACUCAAGAUGAAAUCAUCGCCAAAACUAAGCAAGUGAUCAAUGGACUAGAGGCACUGAAGAAUGAGCACAAUUCAAUUUUACAGAGUUUACUUGAAACACUGAAAUGUUUGAAGAAAGAUGAUGAAACUAAUCUGGUUGAGGAAAAAUCAAACAUGAUUCGAAAGUCACUGGAAAUGCUGGAGCUUGGCCUUAGUGAAGCGCAGGUAAUGAUGGCCUUGUCAAAUCACUUAAAUGCAGUGGAAUCGGAGAAGCAGAAAUUGCGUGCUCAGGUUCGUCGGCUAUGCCAGGAAAACCAAUGGCUACGGGAUGAACUAGCCAAUACACAACAGAAACUACAGAAAAGUGAGCAAUCUGUGGCUCAACUGGAGGAAGAAAAGAAACAUCUAGAAUUCAUGAAUCAAUUAAAAAAAUACGAUGAUGAUAUUUCACCAUCUGAGGAUAAGGAUACAGAUUCCACCAAAGAGCCUUUGGAUGACUUAUUUCCCAAUGAUGAAGAUGACCAAGGACAAGGAAUUCAACAGCAGCAUAGCAGUGCAGCAGCUGCUGCCCAACAAGGUGGCUAUGAAAUUCCAGCAAGAUUAAGGACCCUUCAUAAUCUUGUCAUUCAGUAUGCUUCCCAAGGUAGAUACGAGGUUGCUGUACCUCUCUGUAAACAAGCUCUUGAAGACCUAGAGAAGACUUCAGGUCAUGAUCAUCCUGAUGUUGCUACUAUGUUGAACAUACUUGCUUUGGUGUACAGAGACCAAAACAAAUACAAAGAUGCAGCAAAUCUCCUGAAUGAUGCCUUGGCUAUACGUGAGAAGACUUUGGGCAAAGAUCAUCCAGCGGUGGCAGCAACUCUAAACAAUCUUGCAGUACUUUAUGGUAAACGUGGAAAGUACAAAGAAGCUGAACCGUUGUGUAAGCGAGCUCUGGAAAUCAGGGAAAAGGUCCUGGGGAAGGAUCACCCUGAUGUUGCUAAACAAUUGAAUAACUUGGCUUUACUGUGCCAGAACCAGGGUAAAUAUGAGGAGGUUGAAUACUACUAUCAGAGAGCACUGGAAAUUUACCAGACCAAGCUGGGACCAGAUGAUCCAAAUGUUGCAAAAACAAAGAAUAACCUGGCAUCCUGCUAUCUAAAACAGGGCAAAUUCAAGCAAGCGGAAACUUUAUACAAAGAGAUUCUUACUCGUGCUCAUGAACGGGAAUUUGGCUCUGUAGAUGAUGAAAAUAAACCUAUUUGGAUGCAUGCAGAAGAGAGGGAAGAAUGCAAAGGAAAGCAAAAAGAUGGCACAACUUUUGGAGAAUAUGGUGGCUGGUACAAAGCUUGCAAAGUUGACAGUCCAACAGUAACAACUACCUUAAAGAACCUUGGAGCACUUUACAGACGACAGGGCAAGUUUGAAGCUGCUGAAACAUUAGAGGAGGCAGCAAUGAGAUCUCGUAAACAGGGUCUUGACAAUGUUCAUAAACAGAGAGUUGCUGAAGUGCUGAAUGACCCUGAGAGCAUAGAAAAAAGGCGAAGCCGAGAAAGCCUCAAUGUUGAUGUGGUAAAGUACGAGAGUGGUCCUGAUGGAGGCGAGGAAGUGAGUAUGAGCGUAGAAUGGAAUGGGGAUGGCACUGGAUCUUUAAAGCGCAGUGGUUCCUUUAGCAAACUUCGUGCUUCCAUUAGACGCAGCAGUGAGAAGCUGGUUAGAAAGCUGAAGGGAGGAAGUUCACGGGACAGUGAACCAAAGAAUCCAGGCAUGAAGCGUGCCAGUUCUCUGAAUGUUCUUAACAUGGGUGGCAAGGCUACUGAAGAUCAUUUUCAAGAACGAAAUAAUUGUCUGACAGACUCGAGAGCUCUGAGUGUCAGUCAUACUGAUUUGGCGCAUUGAGAGUCUUGGACAGAAGCUAGCUAAUAUUCCUUUGUGAAUAAAGAAGCACUAAGACCUUCAAAGCUUUGGUUCCUCAUCAUUAUGUAUAGGAACACCUAGUUUGUAAUUUUGUUGGGUUUUCUUCCAUGGACUGCUGGUUUUACCUUUUUGAAAUAGGGAUGAUUUAAACACAGCAUUAGUGGUUUUUUUCCUCUAAAGGAAAACUAUGUAGAUAUAUAUUGCUCAUAGCACUGCUCCCAUUCAUACUAUUUACGUUGAUUUCUUUAAUAGAUUGGAAUAUCACAGCCGCCAAAAAAGUGUAAAGAUACAAACAUAUUUAAAGCAUACCAAAAUGCAUUUGAAAAUGCUGUAGCAGUAAAUAUAUACAGUGCUGGAAUGAGAAAAGGAUACACUGAUGUGCAUUACUGUAUAAAUUCAAAUUAAGAUACUGUAUUGGUGGGGCUUUCUUUUGCUCCACUGAUUACUGCAAUGUUAGCAACCUUAGCUGGCAAAGCCACACGUAGACACGGCUUACUUAACCACUAUAUUGAGCUAUUAAAUUUAUCAGAAGAGAUGGCUGGGGUUGCAUUAUAUAGAGAUGGCGUGAAUAGCAAUAUCUGUGACCAUGACUUUGAUACUUGCUGAUGUAAGUCUUAGGGCACAAUUAUCAAUGGAGAGAGGAUGGCUCGUGUUGAUCAGGAGAAAUGGAAGAUGUUUUGACCUUUACCUUGUACGGUUGAAGAAUACUGAAGUUUUGGACUGCAACUGUCCCAGAGCAGCUCCUGGUGCUCUUGGGGAAACAUAAAGCCUCAGGUUGACUUGCUUGUCCACUGGAAUUCACAGUCCCAUCCUGUUUGUCAGAAGGGCCCCAACAUUUCCUUAUGCUGAUCCCAAAUCCUGCCUUUCUCCAUGAUAGCUGACGAGAGCAGAAGCAGGCAGCUACACACUAGGCUGUUACGUGGUGGAGUCGCUGCUGUGCAGAGGACCACUGAAAUCCUAGGGGCCCUAGGGGAAGCAUAAGAUGGUCGUAAAUGUACUCAUGGUUAAUAUAUAUGCUGUCUGUAUACAGGACUGCUGCUGGAACUGAAUACGUAUGUUUUAAGUAUUGUAUAGACACUAGUGAUUCCUUUUGCUUUUCUGUAAAACUUGUAAUUUUGUUCAUCUUUUGUAAAAGUUCUUAUUCAUGUGAAGUUGAUUGAGAAAGUAAAAAGUGUGUGUACAAGUGUAUUUGUGGUCAUAGCUGGGAGUUGGAAAAUGACAAAGGAAACUAACUUCGGGAAAAGCUGGAAUGUUCAUUCAAGGUUAGUGCCAGCUGAAGGAGGCAAAACAAAGGAACAUAAGCAAGUUUUAGUGUUUGAGUAGGCUGUGAGGAGUCAUUAGUAUUUUGUAGAAGUCUUGGACUGAUUUUCAUUUGAAGUUGGUUACAGUAACUGAUGAAAUAAAGCUGUGUAUGUUAUGCACUUAACUAUGUUUACCAGGAGGUGUGUACCUGCUAGAAAGACAGUUUAGAAACAGUGAGAUGCAAUGCUGCUAAUGUGUAGGAGUUUUUAGCACAGAGUAAUGCAAUUCAUUAAUGAACUCGAGCAAGAACAGAUUGCUGCUCAGUUACCUUAACAAUAUGUACUUAUAUAAUGUAGACUCUUGAGUUUUAAGCUUUUUAUUGAGAGCUUUUUAUAUUAAAAAUUACAUAAUAUAUAUACUUUUAUUCCCCCUAAAGUAAGACGUGUUGUAUGAACUUGUUGGUGAAUCCAUUUUCCACCCAAAAGCAGAUUGAGCUGGCUCUGCAUGAGGAGCUGGACAUGGGCCACAGGCCCCUAAGCCAGGGCGAGCUGGGAAGUGACAGAGUUGUCUGUCCCUCUGGCUGCGAACACCCCUCGCAGUUGGCCCAUUCCACACCAGCAGGAUGGUACUGCUGCUGUAGGAAUGUUUCGGUGGGCCUGGUCUGUGAGCUCAGCACUUCACUGGGAGACCCUCACAGGAGUCCAGCUCCCAAAAAAGCCCACAGAACUAGAGGCAGACCUUAUUUUGGUAAUAAGAAAGUACUUAAAUGGAAGAUUUUUUUCUACAUCGAUCUUUCAGCUUUGAAGGAAAAUUAUUUUUGCAGCCUCUUAA